AUGACUGUCGAGUAUUCACAAAUUGCCGCAAAAAAUCUCAAUUGUACAAUGAAAGCCAAAAACGUUCAAGAAACCACUCAUCCAAACUGUAGCCUUUUCUUUUUCCUUCGGAUUUCGAGCAGCUCAAAAAACCUAUAUCUAAUUUAUACUCGAGCGAUUGGUGAGAAGGGUGGGUUCAGCACGAAUGAUGUCAAGACUUCGUCUUUUUUGCUGUUGGCCUUAAAAUUCUCCUCUUCUGAUAUUGAAUCCAUCAAGUUCUUGAUUUCCUCCUCUGCAAAUACCUUAAGCGAGUCGCUUUUCAGCAUUCGUUUGUUCGUCUCGUGCUCUAUUGCGGUGGACGUGUUUGCAGCAUGCAAAAUAGCUACGCAUAUGGAGAAUGCUUGCAGAGAAGACAGCUGCGCAUGA